GAGGGGAGGAGGUGGGGAGGACCGUCCCACCCCAGGGUCCCGGCUGUGGAGAGGGGAUGCAAACCUUUGGCGAGGAAAUGGGCCCUGUGGGGAUUUGGAGUGAGCCAGCAGGAGGUUUGGGGCCUCCCAGGGGAUGUAGGGUGAGAAGAAUCUUUCUGGUUGAGUGUGCCCACGUACGUGUUGCUGGGGUGAUUACGGGGAGAGGUGUGCAAAGGAAGAUUGGGCUAAAUCAGGUGUCUGGAGAGCUGGCAGCCAUGGACAGCCCUAGUCUUCAGGAGCUUCAACAGCCUCUGCUGACAAGCACAGCCUGUGACUCCCCUGCCGGGAAGCCUGGCAGACCUGAGCUGGGCCCCCCCUUAAGAGAGACAGCCUUUGCAGAGUCUCUGAGGGGUUGGCCGUCCCCACCACCACCUUUUUCCUCUGUGAGUGCUGGCCUGGGGGAACCGGGGCCUCUGGACCUUGAGGACACAUCAUCCAGUGACAGUGACUCUGACUGGGAUGGGGUUGGCCAUGUCUCGCCGCUUCUACCCCAUGACCACCUCAGCCUGGCAGUCUUCUCCAUGCUCUGUUGCUUCUGGCCCGUGGGCAUCGCUGCCUUCUGUUUGGCCCAGAAGACCAACAAAGCUUGGGCCAAGGGGGAUAUCCAGGGGGCAGGAGCCGCCUCCUGCCGUGCCUUCCUGCUGGGGGUCCUUGCCGUUGGGCUGGGCCUGUGCACUUAUGCAGCUGCCCUGGUGACCCUGGCCACCUACCUUGCCUCCCGAGACCCACCCUAA